AUGGCUUCGAAAGAAACUCCAAGAAAGGAAUAUUUUAAGUGGAAAAACGUGGAUCAUUGCGGUUUUUGUGGCAGUUCGAAUAAUUCGGACAGAUUUACGAAUGUUUUUAGUGGCGUUGGAAAACGAAAAGAUUUAGUAUCAAAAAUUAAAGUCGCGUUGAACGUGAACGUAUGUUGUGGGGAAGGAAGUUUGCGAAUUUGCAGAAUUUGUGAGAGAAAGUUGAAUAGUUUUAAUGACUUCAUCAGUACAUCAAAGUCGGUACUUGAAAGUGUAAGAGAGAGAGGUUCAUCCAAGCGAUGUCUAAAUUUUUCACCACAAGUUUCGGGAAAGAGGGCGAACAUCUGCGACUCUGAUGAGAACGAUGAAAUUAAUACUAUUUCAGAUAAGGUAUUGCCUUUCUAAACUUUUAUUUUCGCACCAUCUAAAUUACCGUACUCUAUCUAUUAAGCCGGAGGGGGCGGGGGGCUCAUUCUUUCCGAAGUGGGCAUUUUAAAGAGAUAUAUGGUGUAUACCUAGAGUAUGUAUAUUGUAUACCCUAUAUAUAUACCCGGGAUGGAUUUAAAUAGAAAAAUUAAAAGAGAACAAUUUAUAACGGGGUAUUUAACCCAGAUAUUUAUGCAGAAUUUUAAGAUUGACUAAAGAGGGUACUAUUCUUCUUGUAGUUCUUCAGAAUUUUUUUAAGCCAAUGUUAAGUCACUAGAUAAGUGUUAUUUGAUCGGUGUUACAUGUUUAACCAAAUUGUAACAUAUCAUUUCCCUAAAGGAAGAAUUUGGAACCGAACAGGAAGAAUGGAUUAAGCAAAUUGAUCGCGAUUGUUCUGAACUUUGCCGAAAGAAAUCACCAUCUAAGCUUAGAAUGAAGGACUUCUCAAAUAUGAACAAUUUUAGCUGGGAUGAACUAGUUACAGAAAUGUUGGAUCGUUGUCCAGUUUUGUUCAAUGCUUUGUUAGUAGCCAUGGGACGUUCGAAGGAGCAAGUGAAAGAUGUGGGUCCACGUAUUGGUAUGUGCUAUGCAAUUUUGAUGCAGACAAGAAACCAUGAACUGAGUUUGGUACAGCGAAUUAACACAGUUUUGAUGACCAAUGGGGGUGCUAAAAAACAGGUAACAAUAUAUUGGCACAAUACAUCAAUUUAUUAUGGUUUAGCUGAUAAAUUAUUUUAAUAUAUACAGUAUAUGUAAUAUGUAUAUAUACAUGGGCGUACCGAAAGGAAAAGUUUAGGGGGGCAGAAAAAAAUUUGCCCGACUUUUCCGGAUUUUGCCCGACAAGUACCGAAAAAUUUUUUUCCGUAAUUUAUUCUGGCAACCUCCAAAAAAAUCGCCCAAAAAAUUUCGGUCAGUGUACCAUCUUAGGGGUCAAAAAUUUUUUCCGGACAUACCAAAAAUUUCCGGAACCUGACAAAAAUUUUCAAAACAUCACAAAAAUUGACCACAAAAUUUACAGAAUUUGUCCCAUUUAUUUUUAUAAUAAACCAAAAUUGCCCGACUGUUCAGCGAAUAUUGCCCGACUGCCCAACAAACUGGGGGGGGGCUACGCCCAUGUAUAUAUAUGUUUACCAUUUUCUCUUUAUUAAAACCCCAGGGGGCAUAUUUUUUCAGGCCUUUCGAGGGGUCUUAUUCGUGGGGAGCACUGAACAAAAUUCAUGUUUAAAAAUUGUCUUAUAACGUGUUAUCAUAGCGUAUGCCAUGUAAAAUGUAAUAUAUCCCGUAUGAAAUUGGAUAUUAAUUAAUGGACCCAAAAAUAAAAUACAAAUUACUUUGAUUAAUUAAACUGGCUGUUAUGGGGGGGGGCUAUAAAGAGAAUAUGGUAUGUUAUAAAAAUCAUUUUUUCAUUUCCAGCUUUAUGUUCAAUGUCAGAAAAUGGGAUUUUCCCUGUCACACACCAGCAAAAUGAACAUGCUUGACCUCAUUGGUGGGCACUUUUCAGACAAACUGGUUGAAGAAGUUAGAUGCGGGAAGAAAAUUCAAGGCACUGGUGACAACUGGGACAUGAAAAUACAUGCACACGAUAUGCUUUCAACAAAUCAAAACACUGAUUUGCACUACUUUGCUUCUAAUCUUAUUGUUGAGCGUGUACCAUCAGAGAAUCUGUCAAAUGUGUCCCCACAAGUUAAGAUAUCUUCCCUCCAUAACACAGCUUUCCUUCUUGACAGCAACGAGGCCAACAAGUUGAGAGAUGAUAUAAAA